UACAUCUCUUAUAUAACAUAUUUUCUAAUUUAAAAAAGUUUGUAGUAUAUGACUUUAUGAGGCUUAAACAAAAAUGUCAGUGACUUUAUGGUUAUAAAAACAAGAGCUCCUCUGCAUGGGGCAACAAAACACUUCCUCCUUUGACUCUCUUCCUUCGUUCCUAAUCUCUCUCUUUCUCUUUCUCUUUCUCUGGCAUGCAGCAAUCCAUUUGUUUCUUCUUGCCAUCUGUUUCAUAUACCUUUGUCAACUUUUUACUCUCUUACAAUCUUCUUUCUCAAACUUUCUAAAUUCAUGGAUUUUUUACACCAUUAAAACAAAAACACAAUCAAAGAGGAAAAUUAUAAAACAGAGUUAGUUUUUUCUUCCUUUUUUUUUUGUUUAUGUGCUCUAUUUUAUCACUAAGAAAAAGCUUACAGAAACAAAGAGAGGAUUUCUUUCAAACAUGGAGACAAAAGCUCUUACUCAAUCUUCUUUAGUUUGUAACGGAUCCGAGGGUGGCAAUAGCAGUAGUAGUAGCGGUAGCAGUAGUAGUGCAGAAACUUGGAUUUCCUACACAAAAGAUGGAUCACUUGAUCGACAUGGAAGACCUGCAAUUAAAGGAAGAACCGGUGGGUGGAAAUCGGGGAUGUUACUGCUAGGUAAUGAAGUUUUAGCAACACUUGCUUUUGUGGGAGUGGAAGUGAAUUUGGUGUUGUUCUCAAAAUCAGUAUUAAGACAGACGAACGCCGAGGCGGCUAACACCUUCAGCAUGUGGAUGGGAGCUGUGUAUCUUUUCUCCUUGUUAGGAGCCUUUCUGAGUGAUUCAUAUUUGGGCAGAUAUCUCACUUGCUUAAUUUUCCAAGCUGUCCUAACCAUUGGUUUGAUUGCUAGCUCUUUGACAACCCAACAUUUUCUAUUAAAACCCGUUGGUUGCGGAACACUAGAUCAGCAAUGUGAUCCUCACUCGAAAUUUGAGACUUCCAUAUUCUUCGUAUCAAUAUACUUAGUAGCCCUAGGUAAUGGGGCAGCUGAACCUGCACUAGCUACAUUUGGAGCUGAUCAAUUUGAUGAAGAAGAUCCUGAAGAAAGCCAAUCAAAGACGUCGUUUUUCAGUUACUUCUAUGUGGCCUUAAACAUGGGUUCCUUAAUAGGAGAGACAAUAUUGGUUUAUAUUGAGACUAUGGGAGCUUGGGUGCUUGGAUUUUGGAUAUCUACUGCUUGUGGAAUUGCUGCUUUGAUUUUGCUAUUUUGUGGGACUAUGAGGUAUAGGCAUUUUAAGCCUAGUGGGAACCCUAUAUCUAGAUUCUUUCAAGUAAUUGUGGCUUCGUUUCGGAAAAUGAGCCUUGAGGUUCCCCAACAUGGUGAAGGGCUUUAUGAAAAUCAAGGGAAGGAUAGCCAUGAGAUCAAUUGUGCUAGAAAAUUACUCCACUCAAAUGGGUUCAAAUUUCUCGAUAGAGCAGCAAUUAUCACGUCAGAAGACACGUCUUUCACGCUAGAAAAGACAUCUCCAACGAACCCUUGGCGGCUAUGCACAGUCACUCAAGUGGAAGAAGUAAAAUGCAUCUUAAGAUUGCUACCAAUAUGGUUAUGUACUAUACUAUCCUCAGUUGUUUUCAUCCAAAUGAUGUCUCUCUUCAUUGAGCAAGGGGCUACAAUGAACACUGCUAUAGGAGCCUUCCACUUCCCCCCAGCAAGUAUGACUGCCUUCGACAUAAUCAGCACAUCCACCUUCAUCAUCUUCUACGACAAACUCAUAGUCCCUCUUUAUGUCAAGCUCACAAAGAGGAAGCCAAAGCCUCCAAGCGAGCUACAAAGGAUCGGUAUAGGACUAUCAAUUGCAGUGAUUGCAAUAAUAGUAGCAGGGUUAUUGGAGCAGCAAAGGAGGAAAUAUGCUAUAUUGAGUGGGGAGGAUAUAAGUCCAUUGAGCAUCUUUUGGCAAACUCCUCAAUACGUUCUUGUAGGAAUAGCCGAGGCUUUUGUGUAUGUAGCUCAAUGGGAGUUUUUCUCCUCUCAAACACCCGAUGGUAUAAAGAGUAUCGGACUUGGAUUAUCGAUGUCUUCUUCAGCUAUGGGAAGCUACUUAUGCAGUUUUAUCUUGUCCGUGGUAAUGCAUUUCACCUCAAAGAAUGGCAAGCCGGGGUGGGUCCCUCCAAACUUGAAUGACGGGCACUUGGACCGAUUCUUCUUCCUCUCGGCUGCUUUGACUACAGUAAAUUUAGGGUUCUAUGUUUUUUGUGCUAGAAGGUACAAGUGUAUCUCCUUGGAGAAGCGAGAGAGUGAUAGAGAAAUGAAUGACAUUGUGCCGUAAGGUGGGAAGUUUUGUAAGCUAAGAUCAUAUGUUCUUGCAACAUAUACUAUGUAUACUACAUAGAAAACCUCAAACCAACGAUUGAUGUGUUAAAAUCGAGUUAGAAGGAAUUCUUGAGAAAGUAACAUGUUAUACAUAAGUCU